AUGCAGGACUUCACAGCCAUCUCGACUAACAAGAUGGCUCGUAUCGCAAAUUAUGACAUACUUCACACCAUUGGCGAAGGCCAAUCCGCCAAGGUGAAAUUGGCCCGGCAUCGUCUCACCAAGGGACUGGUAGCCGUCAAGAUCAUCGAGAAAACAGAUCAGACCAACCUCCGGCAACUCUUUCAGGAGGUCAGGGCCUUGAGAAGCAUGAACAACCACAGGAACAUUGUCCAACUCGUCGAGAUCAUAGACACAGAGGAGACUCUCUUUUUAAUCAUGGAGUACCUCAGUGGGGGAGACUUAGCCACCUACCUGGACGCCCAAGGCUACCUGACCGAGGGGGAGGCCCGAGGCGUGUUCCGCCAGCUGGUCUCAGCCCUGCGGCACUGCCAUCGGCGGGGCGUGGUGCACCGGGACGUGAAGCCGGGCAACAUCCUCCUGGAGGCGAACAAGAUCAAACUCUCAGACUUUGGCCUGAGCGACCAGUGGCACCCCGGAAAAAAACUGAACACCUCCUGCGGCACCCUUGAGUACAUGGCCCCAGAACUCUUCCUGGGGCUGCCCUACACAGGCCCAGAGCUGGACGUGUGGAGCCUCGGCGUGGUGCUGUACACCCUGGUAACGGGAUCCGCCCCCUUCACGGGACGAGAUUUCCGGGAGCUGCGGGACUGCACCUGCACAGGGCACUACCGUGUGCCCGAAGGCCUAUCAGGUGAGAUGAAAGACUUGAUGCGCCGUAUGUUAAGGCUCAACCCGGCCAACAGGGCGACUUUAGAUGAUGUUCGGCAUCAUCCUUGGCUGAACGUGGGCCUGGAAAGGCCACUCCCGCCAGCCUAUGGAGAUUACCCUGGGGUGACAAUGGGGAUGACACUGGGCUGGUCGAGGGACCAGAUCCAGGGCAGGCAUACAAGCACUGGCAGAGACUCGAAUGGACCCAAGGUGCGGGCCCGCACCAUCUUUGUGAGGCCGGCUGUUUCCUCCGACCUCAGCAGCCAAGAACAUACGCCUCCCGCCAGCCCUGAAGUGUCCACGCUUAUUCCCGACUGGCUUUGGGAGACCAUGGAGCAGGAGAACCAGGAGUCAAGGGAGAAGACCAGAGAGCCUGCCACUCCCUCACCCUGCCCGGAGGCGAGGACCGUCACCCCCAGCUCAGCCCCCUCCACUCGCAACACCCAUGAUGGCCGCAGCGCCCCAGCCACCGAUCGCGCCGGUUACCGCCACGACACGUGCGGGACCAGGCUCACCUGUGACGCCUGCGGCGGGCGUGACAGCAGCCACACCCGUGAUACCAGCUUCACGCGGGACACCAGAGACGCCUGCGACACCAGCCUCACCUGUGAUACCAGCCUCACCCACGACGCCCUAAGCACCCAGGACACCACUGGGGCCUGCGACAUAGAAGACGCCCGUGGCGCCCGCGAUACCUACGGCGCCAGUGUCCCCAGGGACACCAGAGGCGCCCGUGACACCGGUGGUGCCCACGGCACCCACGAUCCUCAUGCCACCGUCACCCGGGACACCAGGGGCACCUGUGACAUCAGCGGUAAAAUCCCUGAAGGAACCCACUGCCCCCCAGAUGUGCCUGAUGCGGGAAGCUCCACCCUUGUUGGGCAGCCCCAGAAUUUGUCUCCAGUCACUCCCCCUGGCCUCACCCAGAAGAAGAAGGGGGUGGCUGGGAGAAUCUGGAGAGGUCUCCUUAAACAUCUUUGCUGUGGGCUGCCCAGCAAGAGGGGUAAAAAAGUGAGCCCAGAAACACCCAGGGGAUGA